AUCUUGUUUAGGCACUGGACUUAGUCUUACUCUCCUCUCUUCUUCUCUUUCUUCUUCUCUUUUCUGUUUGAUUUUGAUUACAAAGUAUUCUCUUUUGCUGCUUCUGCUACUGUGAACUUGAAUUUUUUUCUGCGCAAAACUCUCUCCUUGCUUGAGGAGUUUACUGCGGAGAGUGAAAGUUUUCCCCUUUGGAUCUGUGCCAAUGGGGAAAACUCAAUUGGCUCCUGGAUUCCGGUUUCAUCCGACUGAUGUUGAACUCGUGAGAUAUUACUUGAAGAGGAAGGUGUUGGGGAAAAAGCUCCUCGUUGAUGCAAUCGUUGAAAUUGACAUUUACAAGUUCGAGCCUUCUGAUUUACCUGAUAAGUCCUAUAUAAAGAGUGGGGAUCUUAAGUGGCACUUCUUCUGCCCAAGGGAGAAGAAGUAUGCAACGGGUGUCCGGGCAAACCGUGCAACUGAGGGUGGUUACUGGAAGACCACAGGGAAGGAGAGAGCCGUUCUGUGCAGUGAUGAAGUUGUGGGGAAGAUUAAGACUCUUGUUUAUCACGUUGGCAAGUCCCCUCGUGGGGAGCGGACUGAUUGGGUUAUGCAUGAGUACAGGCUUGAAGACAAGGUACUAACACAGAAGAAUAUUCCUCAGGAUACUUAUGUGCUGUGUGUUCUAUUCAAGAAAGAUGGACCAGGACCUAGAAAUGGAGCUCAGUAUGGUGCUCCGUUUAAUGAAGAGGACUGGAGUGAUCAGGAACAGCAUACUGAUGUUCCUUCUCCAAGCAAUCUCGCAAUCCUUCUUCGUCCUAACGCAGAAACCAGUCUGGUUGUGGCGCCCUCGCUGGCCCCUAACAAAGAUUGUUUUGGUGGCAUGGUAUCUGAAUCGUGCGUCUCUGAUUUCGUACCAUCUACAGCUACCACUACCUGCAAGCUUCCGCAUCUAAAUGAUGCAGCUCACACUCCUCUGUCUGCUGCUCCGCUUCUUGACACUAAUAGCACCGCUUCACUAGUGCCGACCCUCCUAGCUCCCACCAACGACAAUGAUGACAUAUACUCAAUGUUGGAUCUGUUUGUUGACGACGAUGAGUACUUGCGUUUCUGUGAGCCCAACAACAAUGAGGUAAUACAUGAUACCAGUGUUCCAGCUCCGGUUUUCUUAGAAGAAGGACAAGACAUGUUCAGCGAACUACUAGACUUGAGCAUUAUCCAUGAUAACAACAUGCCAAGGACACCUUCUUACGACCUAGUUGAAAACUCGGAGCUAUACUUGGAGCUACAAGAUCUCACAGCUCCAUUAGCACCACCUCCAGCUGAGAAUACCAGACACAUGAACAAGAGGUCUAAAGCCAAAGAAUCCUCUUCUGCCAAGCUCGGUCCUCUCUAUGUCUUCUCAACUCAACAGAAGCAUUUCAGACGGACCAUGACCCGUGACAUCAUUUCUUUUAUGUUACAACAUCAUCAAGCAGACUAUGAUCCCGUGAUUUUAUCUCUUAUUAGCAUUCUCAAUUUCUGUUUCCUUAUCGUUUGGACCAGUUUGUAAACAUUCUGAACUUUUCUCGGAAGACACAACUCGAUCUAUCAUUUGUAUC